AUGCCUAUGUCCAGCCCAGCACCUGUGGCUGCUGCGCCAAUGGCAGCAGGGCAGUCCACGGGUGACAAGUUCCAUGGCAUCAAGUUCGAGUACAGCAAGCAGCAGGAUGCCUAUGCGGACCUCCAGUACAUCAAUGACGUGGGCUACUUGCCGGAUGGCACGCCCAUGAACCUGGCCGGCAACGCCGUCAACCACCCGGAGACCAUCCAGCCGGACCUGCACAACCCUGGCUCUCCUUUGCCAAGGGCCAACUUUGUGAACUCCAUCGGCUACCUGCCAGACGGCACCCCAUUGAACAGGGCCGGCAACGCCAUCAAUCACCCGGAGACCAUCGGUCCCGACCCGCAUACGCCUGGUUCGCCUCUGCCCCCGUCUGUGUAUGCGGCUGAGACUGGUUACUUGGUAGAUGGCACUCCCCUGGAGCUGGCUGGCAACGCCAUCAACCACAUGGACAUGUCUGCAGGUGCGCCUUCUGCGCCAGCUGCUCCUGCACCGGCUCCUGCGGCAGCUCCUGCUGCAGCCCCGGUGCCUGCCAUGGCAACGGCGGCCUUUGUCGGCGCGGAGACAAAGGUGAGGCGCCCGAUUGGCUUUUCCUAUGCAUUCCAACAGGAUGCGUAUGCGGACCUGAAGUUUCAGAACGAUGUGGGCUACCUUCCGGACGGCACCCCCAUGAACAGGGCUGGCAAUGCCAUCAACCACCCGGAAAACAUCCAGCCUGACCCUCAUGCGCCCGGCUCUCCUUUGCCCCGUGCCAGCUACACCAACGAUGUUGGCUACCUGCCGGAUGGCACCCCAAUGAACGCGGCUGGCAAUGCCAUCAACCAUCCAGAGACCAUCGGACCUGACCUGCACACGCCGGGGUCGGCUUUGCCACCCUCGGCAUAUGCCGCAGACAUUGGCUACUUGGUGGAUGGCACGCCCAUGGCUGAGGCUGGCAACAACUCCAUCCCGCGUUGA